CCUAAAACUCUCUGAUGCACCACUUCCCCCGCCGUUUUCUCUUGACUUUUAGCCUAAAACAAAAUAUACGACACAGUGGAGCUGCCUGGUCAGACUGGGAGGAGUCUGUGGUCGCCUGGUGUUUUAAUUGGCUGCAGGCUACAGUGAGAAGCGUGAGUAUCAGUAAUUAUUCAGCAAUGUUUUGCACAAGAAAUGUCAGCCAGAAAGGGCUAUCUUCAUCCUCCGUCAAAUUAUACCACAACGAUGACAUGCCCCAACAACCAAGCUGGAAAUUCGUUUUUCGUGGACUCUUUAAUCAACGUGAGAACCGACAGUGGUUCAUAUUACCAAAGUAACGGGGUGUAUUUGCCACCGGCAUCGGAAUAUUCAUAUGGACUCUCCAGUGGCUCUUGUUUCCCGGGGAUCGGUAAGCGCAACGAGCCAAGCACCCAAAGCGUGAUUCCGUCUUCUGCUCCGUAUGUCCAAGGGAUGGAAACGUGGCUGGAAACGUCGAGAUCCUGCCGGGUGGAUCAGCCCAGCGGCCAGCAUAUGGCUCAGUGUUCCUUCUCACCGAACAUAAAAGAGGAGAGCGCUUAUUGCCUUUAUGAGUCUGACAAAUGUCCUAAAGGAGCAACGGUAGAUGAGAUUUCCUACUCGACUGCACCGUGCCCGGUUACCGGCAGCACUUUGCCAGUCCCCGGCUACUUCCGCCUGUCUCAGACAUACACAUCCUCCAGGCUUUACCAUGAUGUCCAGCCAAACAUGAAUCACUUUACCCUGCAAAGACCUGCCCGUUUGGACAGCCAGCCCUCCCAGCCCCAGGCUGCCUCGGCUGAGCCGGAGCGAAGGGAGAGCCACGAGGAGGCGCCUGUCCCUGCGCCCUGCGCCCGGGCCACAGACGAGGACAGCCGCCUAUCCUCCGAAAGCUCGUCCUCCCCUGAGCCCGCUGAAACAUGUAGUGCGGAGUGUCCAGAAAAGCCAGUCAAAGGAGACGGAAAAUUGGAAACUACGGCCAACUGGCUCACAGCGAAGAGUGGCCGAAAGAAGCGCUGCCCCUACACCAAGCACCAGACUCUGGAGCUGGAGAAGGAGUUUCUCUUCAACAUGUACUUGACUAGAGAGCGUCGUCUGGAGAUCAGCCGCAGUGUGCACCUCACUGACAGGCAAGUCAAAAUCUGGUUCCAAAACAGGAGGAUGAAACUGAAAAAAAUGAGCCGGGAGAAUAGGAUCCGAGAGCUCUCCAGCAACUUCAGUUUCUCAUGAGACUGUCUGCGUCUUUGGCGCCCUCCUCCAUCCAUGGCAAGGGCGCCUGUGCAGAGCCCCCCCACCAACUGUGAGAAUGUCCAUGGAAAAAUAGGACCCUACUGCUAACUUAUUGAUUGUUGUUCUUUCUUAUUUUCACGUCCGUUUUAUUUAGUCGUGGAUAUGUAUUUAUAAGUGGCUACAUUUGUAACGUUGAUCCAUUGUGUUUGAAAUGUUCAGAAUGUGACCACAAUGUUUCAGAGCUUCAGGCUUGUACAUAUUGUAUAGUCAACCUGAGGGAACCAUUGGAAUUUGCAUGCUGGACUAACCCUUGGCAUACUUGUGUUACAGUUACAUGUAGACCUUUUUGUGACAGCUAAAGAGAGGUCUGAUGAAUAUUUGCACAUUUUUCUGGUCAAAUUAAUAAAACCAUCCCUGCAACUGCA